AUGCUUCAUUACUUUCUUGGUUUAGAGGUCCUCUACAAAGAAGAUGGGGUUAUCAUCUCCCAGAGAAAAUUUGAACUGGAUCUCUUAAAGGAGUUUGACUGCAUCCAUUGCACUAGUCUUACUUCUCCUCUUGAUCCUAAUGUCAAACUGAGAGCUAAAGAGGGAGCUGUUCUUUCAGAUCCUACAUACUACAGAAAACUAAUAGGCAAGCUUAAAUUCCUCACUAACACAAGAUUGGAUAUUGCCUUUGGUGUCCAAAAUUUGAGCCAAUUUAUGCAGGAUCCUAGAGAACCCCACCUACAGGCUGCAUUCCACUUGCUUAGGUACCUUAAGGGUGAUCCUACACUUGGAAUCUUUUUGUCCAAUGAUCUUGAUUGCACCAUUAAAGGGUAUUGUGACUCUGACUGGGCUGCCUGCCCAGAUUCUAGGAGGUCAGUCAGUGGUUACUUGGUGUUGCUAGGUACUAGUCCUAUCAGUUGGAAGUCUAAGAAGCAGGAAACCAUUUUUCUUUUCUCAGCUGAAGCUGAAUAUAAGUCUCUUAGAAAGGUGAUUGGGGAGUUGACAUGGUUAUGCAGAUUGUUUGAGGAGCUGACUAUUCCCUUUCAUACACCUGUAACUGUGUAUUGUGACAGCCAAUCAGCUUUACACAUUGCUAGGAACCCUGUGUUCCAUGAGCGGACCAAACAUAUCAAGGUUGACUGUCAUUUUAUGAGGGAUAAACUUCAAGAAGGUCUCAUCUCCUUGCAUCACAUUGGCACACGUAACCAGCUGGUAAACAUUCUCACCAAGGCUCUCACUGGCAUCAAACAUUCCACUGUGUUGAGCAAGUUGGCUAUGAAGACCUCACUUCCAAUUUGA